AAUGCAAUGAAUUGAAUAUUUCUCAGAAGAGAGACCAUCUCUCUCUCUCUAGUGCUUCGAUGUCAGCCAUGGAAGUAAUGUUUCACUCUUCAUGCUUUCUCCUCCCGUCGAUUCCCACCGACGGAACCUCAGCGACGAGAUACGCUCUGGUUGUUCUGAACCAGAAUCUACCGCGAUUCACUCCUCUUCUCUGGGAACAUGAACAGCAAAACUUCGUCUCUGUGCUGACGGAGGCGCGAAUCGCAUCUACGAUGAAUUACCUCUCUUCUUCCCUCAUGAAGACGCUCUGGUCAUUCGAAACAGGUAUAAGCCAGAUGUUAUCAAGGGAGAUAUGGACUCUAUUCGCCGUGAUGUCCUCGACUUUUAUGUUAGCUUGGGAACUAAAGUUAUAGAUGAAUCUCAUGAUCAAGAUACCACAGAUCUUGAUAAAUGCAUAUUGUAUAUCCGUGGCUCAACCUUGAAUCAAGAGAGUUGCAGACUCCAGAUACUUGCAACAGGGGCACUGGGGGGAAGAUUUGAUCAUGAAGCCGGUAAUCUCAACGUCUUAUAUCGAUAUCCAGACACAAGGAUAAUCCUUUUAUCCGAUGAUUGCCUCAUCCAACUCCUUCCAAAGACUCAUCGACAUGAGAUUCAAAUUCAGCAUUCCCUUCAAGGACCUCACUGUGGUCUCAUCCCUAUCGCUACUCCAUCUGCCAAAACCACAACCACAGGUCUUCAAUGGGAUCUCUCAAACACGGAGAUGAGGUUUGGUGGAUUAAUAAGUACAUCGAAUAUGGUUAAAGGGGAGAAAAUCACAGUCGAAUCGGAUUCAGAUCUUCUGUGGACUAUUUCCAUCAAGAAACAAGACUCGACAAGACCCUAGUCAUGGGUAACAACACUUGCUAUUUUCUACGAUGUUAUUCUUGAUGCAUCGAAGUACUUCUUCAGUAUGAUAUGUUUAUUUGUUUUCACGAUAGCAUUACGUAGGAAACAGACUUGGUUCCCGAACCAUUACCAUCGUUAUCGUUAUAUUUGAAUACUUUAGAUGCGUUUUUUCGUU